GCUCGAUCGAGCUGCAUCUCUCGCCAUUAUUCAUUGCUCACUUCCAUUGCUUCGUUCCCAACUCCUCCCUCCAUCGCUUCCUUGCGGUUUCAUCUUUUUGUCUGAGAGAUCACACCUUCAGUUCAAUCUUGAGCCGGUUCUGUUCGAUCGAUCAUCUAUGUCGUCUGGCCUCUCCUUACCGGCGACGGUGCGGCCGGCAUCCUCCGGGCUUGGGGGGCGCCAGCUUUACGCGUCGCCGCCGCGCCACGGUACGAGGAGGCCAUGCCGCGGUCUGCUGGCGCUGCGACCGAGCACGAGGAGCUGCGCGGCUUUCGGGCAGGACCACUACGGGGGCGCGCUGGUGGACGUGGGCAUGGCGGUGCUCCGGCGGAGGAUCCGGGAGACGCGGAUGGCGGAGACCAACUACGAGGCGCCGGCGGGAUGGGCGGACUGGGAGAAGCGCUACUACCCGGCAUACGUCUCCGACGUGGCCGCGCUCGCCGGAGCGCUGCAGCUGCUGGCCAUGGGCACCAGGCCUGGCGUCGCUGCGGCCGUGACAGCACUGCUGCUCGCCGGCGUGCCCAUCUCCGCUCUCGCAGCCUUGCACCUCCUCGGUCAGGCGGUGGGAUCCGUUCUGCACCAUGUUUCUUGAUCGACUCAUCAUUCAUUCGUACGCAAUGUGUGCUCUCUGUGUCUAUAUUCUAUGUACAUAAACAAUGCAACGGUGAUACCUAAUUCUGUAGGUUCAUGAACCAAAAAGACCAGCUGAAGUAAGUUUUGUGAUCGUCCGUGUA